AGCCAGCUGGGCCCGUCCGGUCCUGAUUCUCUGCGUGCUGCCUUUGGAGCCGCUGCGAGGUGCGAGCUCUGGGUGCAGGGGUGGGCCGGGGAGGCCGAAGCAGCGGGCGUGGGCACCACGCACGCGCUGUGCGCGCCAGCGGGAGGGCGGCCUCGCGCCCGCGUGGCAGCAGGUGUGUUCGGCAUCUCUGCCGCGUGACGGAAGAGACUUAGGCACCUGGCUGGGGGCGGAGUCCGUUCAGGCCACACCUCCUUCAGGUUCGAGGGCUGGGACUGGGCGGGGCCAAAGAGACCUGCCCCUCGAGGUCUAGACUGGGGAGGGUCCAGAAGGGUUGUUGGACUUCUUUCAAAUUAGGGAGAAAAUGGGGUAACACCCACCCUCUUACUACCAUGGCAAUAAGAAGAGGGCUGGUGCCCCUGGGAGCCGAAGCCCUGAAGGAGAUGGGGCUUGGGGGGUUCUCUGGGGGAGCUCCAGAUCCUGUCUUGAACCAAUGGAGUCGUAGCAAAUGAGCUCAGAGGUGUUUGGAUACUGGUCCUGGCUCCACCCCAAAUCUCAGCGCUCCGGCAAGCCUCUGCCUCAUUCCCCCUGGCCUCAGGCCAUUCGUGGUCGGAGGCCUCACUCAUCUGGUCUGCCGCAGGAUGGGCCUCUCUGUGGCUCGGCUGUGGGGCUCCCCGGGGCUGCUCCUAACUGUUGCCCUGUACCUGGCUCACACCCUGCACCCCGUUCAGGCCUCGACACCCCCACACCGGGACUACUGCGUCCUCGGUGCCGGGCCCGCAGGCCUGCAAAUGGCCUACUUCCUGCAGAGGGCAGGGAGGGACUACACAGUAUUCGAACGCGCCCCGGGGCCAGGCAGCUUCUUCACACGCUACCCCCGGCACCGCAAGCUCAUAAGCAUCAACAAGCGGUACACCGGAAGGGCCAACUCCGAAUUCAACCUCCGCCACGACUGGAACUCUUUGCUCAGUCACGACCCCCGGCUGCUCUUCAGACACUACUCCCCCGCCUACUUCCCCGAUGCCAGCGACAUGGUACGCUACCUAGGGGACUUCGCAGCCAGGCUGGGGCUCCACGUGCUGUACAACACAACCAUUGCCCACGUCACGCUGAACAAGGAUCGGCAGGCGUGGAAUGGCCAUUACUUCAUCCUGACCGACCAAAAGGGCCAGCCAUACCAGUGCAGCGUCCUUCUUGUUGCCACUGGUUUGUCAGUCCCCAACCUGGUCGACUUCCCUGGCUCCGAAUAUGUGGAGGGUUAUGAGUCUGUGUCCGUAGACCCCAAGGACUUUGUGGGUCAGAAUGUGCUGAUCCUGGGCCGUGGGAACUCAGCCUUUGAGACGGCAGAGAACAUCUUAGGUGUCACCAACUUUAUCCACAUGCUGAGCCGCUCCCGGGUCCGGCUCUCCUGGGCCACCCACUACGUAGGAGACCUCAGGGCCAUCAACAAUGGCCUGCUGGACACCUACCAGCUGAAGUCCCUGGACGGGUUGCUGGAAUCUGACCUGACAGAUCUGGCUAUCGUGAAGGACCGCGAGGGCAAGUUCCACAUCACCCUAAAGUUCUACUGGGAAGAAGGCAACCAGCAUGCCGAUGCCAUCACCCUCCCCCAGGAUGACAGUGACAACUUUGCCAUGCGUGUGGCCUACGACCGGGUCAUCCGCUGCCUGGGCUGGAACUUCGACUUCUCCAUUUUCAACAAGUCCCUCAAACUGUCUUCAGUGGGUGAGUUCAGCAAGAAGUACCCACUGGUCAGAGGUAGCUACGAGUCCAAAGGAAGCCGGGGUCUCUUUGUCCUGGGUACCGCCAGCCACUCUGUGGAUUACCGGAAGUCUGCUGGGGGCUUCAUCCAUGGAUUCCGAUACACAGUGCGUGCUGUUCACCGGCUGCUGGAGCACCGCCACCACGGCAUCACCUGGCCCUCCACCGAGCACCCCAUCACACAGCUGACCAGCUCCAUCCUCCGGCGUGUGAACGAGGCUUCUGGGCUCUACCAGAUGUUCAGCGUGCUGGCCGAUGUCGUCCUGGUGAAGGAGAACGCCACAGCAUUUGAGUACCUGGAGGAGUUCCCCACACAGGUGCUGGCCCAGCUGGAGACCAUCACGGGAAAACAGGCCAGGCACGGGCUCUUUGUCAUCAACAUGGAGUAUGGUAGAAAUUUCUCUGGACCUGACAAGGACGUCUUCUUCUAUGACCGGUCUGUGGGGCACACGGAAGAUGCCUGGCAGUCUAACUUCCUCCACCCUGUCAUCUACUACUACAGGCACCUCCCCACUGAGCAGGACGUGAGGUUCCGCCCUGCCGACUGGCCCCUGCCUCGGCCCACGGCCAUCCACCACAUCGUGGAAGACUUCUUGACAGACUGGACCGCCCCAGUGGGCCACAUUCUACCUCUGAGGCGCUUCCUGGAGAAUUGUUUGGACACCGAUUUACGAAGCUUCUAUGCAGAGUCCUGUUUCCUGUUUGCCCUAACCCGCCAGAAGCUGCCGCCCUUUUGCCAGCAGGGGUACCUGAGAACGCAGGGGCUGGUGGGAACCGAGAGCCUCCGGCAGCACAGAGUGGAGAGUGGGGCCCUGCAGGACCACGCUGCUGUGGACAGGCACAGAGAGGACAGCUACCACGGGCGUGUGGGUCACCCCCAGGCUCCAGGGCCUCUGGUCCAGCCCCUCCACAGCAACAAGGAGGAGUUGUGAUGGCCAGGCUCCUCCCACCCAGACCCCCAUCAGCCCUCCUCUUCUCGAAGCCCCGGGCUCCCACCGAUGUGUGAUUGCCAAAGACCACUCAGGUCAUUACAGUCCCACACCAAAGCCACGCAGGGCACGUAAGGGCUGAAGGGUCACCAUGCCGUGGGCUCCCCUCCUGUUCAGUCCAUAGGUGCCCAGGAAGUGGUGUCCAGAGGGGCAUCCUCGCCAGGUGGCAGCCACCUUUCACAGCCAGGCCCGUCUGCAAAUGAGCGCAGGCCUCAGUUCGGUCCCCAUCAAAUGACCAGCGGUUCCUUUUCCUUCUGGCUACUCUUUAGAUGGGCCCAAAUCCCGCCCAUCCUCACCUUCAUAAUGGUUUAUGGCAGGCUCUUUGAAACAAAAGCUCUGAUAUCCUCAACCAUAUAGGGUAGGUAGGACUAUUAUUACCCCUGAUGAAAAAGACACCAGCUCAGAGAGGUUAGGUGACUCCCAGGGGCCCAGCCAGGAGCCCCGUCUGGGUAGCUCUAAAGCCUAUUCCACCACACCACACUGCGUCUCCCUGCCCCCAUCUCUGUUUUCAGAAAGGGAAUGGGGGCUGGGUUGAUCGCAUAGGCCCAGGGGCUGUCAUCAGGCAGAGAUAGCCAUCUUAUCCAAGUAGCUUUCUCCCUGAGCAGCAGAGCUUGAAUCCUUUCUCCCCAAGGCCGCACUCCCUGACUUAUCUUCAAUCUCUGUUCUCUCUUUCAUCCUGCCCUCUGGCAUACUGAACAGCAGUCACAUUUUGUAGAACUGUCACCACGCUGUCUUUCAGUGGGGACUUUUUGAGGUGAUUCACCCUGCUGUUUGAACAGAGCCCACCAGAGCCCCACUCAGCUUGUGCAGACAUUUUAUAAAUGCAUCUGUAUGAUAACGAUGAUGAAUUCAGUUUCCGGUCCCCUUAGCGGUCCAGCUCUUUGUUGUCCUUCCUUCCUUACCAGGAAUCUGUUCCCUGCUUUACUCUCCCACCGUCCUAAUUCUGAGUGAGCCAUGGGAAAGCUUUUGUACAUAAAAUAAUCACGGUCAGUUUUCAAGGGCCGGAUCAUGGGUGAUUACCUCCUCACUGGUUCUUACUAGCCCUUCAUGUAGCCACUCAGAAUUCGAGGGAGUCGGGCUUUCUGCCUCCACAGCCCUCUUCUGGGAACAUUCUCUUGGCAGGUCCGCACCUGGCCCCGCUACCUGUCCCUCCAGUCAUUUGCAGAAUUGGAACAAUGAAGCUCCAGCGCCUUAGCCUGUGGGGAGGAGGUGUUUACCCCAUGACAGUACUUGGCAUAGUUUGCACUGCAGCUGAGACUUCUAAACGAAGAGUCUCUCCCUAGUCCCAGGGUGUGUGUCACCGAUCUCAUACAGAUGAUAGGUAAACCAAAAUUAGGUCCUGCAGCCCAUCCUUCCUUUUCCAAAACCUUUUAAGUAGGACUGUCUCCGUAAUAUCAAGUCCUGUUAUCCAUCUCGCCUACCCAAUUACAGAAGGGUGGCUGAGCCCCUUGUGCCAAUAAAAACUCGCGGUGCUGUAACAAAUAGUUUACUGAUGCCUCAAUAUGUGGCAUCUGCUGCUUUUCCCAUCCUCUGCCAAAUUGUUAAUUCCAUCAUGAUAUCAGCCAGCCUUAUUUGUGUUUAAUAAGGCAUGGUUCCAUUCUUGCUCAGCUGAUUAGAGAUGUCUGAGCAAUGUCUCUGGUUUUCUUGUAAUAAUUAGUUUCAAACAGAGAAAUACUUUUUUCCUAUGAAGACCAUCCUGCAUUUGCUGGGGGUCCUGUCUAGAUCUUCCCUCCGAGCAGAUCUCAUUGCUUCCAGCUGGACCAACUUCCUCUUCUAGCCAAGGCCUGACUUCAUUCAUCCCUUCUUUUUUUUAAUAUUACAAAGUUGCUGGCACAAAAUAGACAAACUGGUGAAAGACGAAGCCAGAAAUAGACCCUAUUCUAAGUAAGGAGGUGAUUUUAAAAAGAAAUGAAUAGAAAAGAUUGUGGAAAAGAUUGUGCAGGACUAUGCAAUAAAAAUAUGUUGGAAAAGAAAAUAAAUCUCAGUUCAGGCCCUAUUUCCUACUGUACUUCAAAACUAAUUUCAGAUGAAUUUUUAAAAGCCCUAUAGAAACUGGAGAAGAAGGUGGGGAUACUGUAAUAAAUGAAAGGCCUUUCCAAGCAUAGAAGUAACAGAAUAAUUCCACGGAGGGAAAGGUGUAACAUUUCCAGGUACACCCAUCUAGCCUGCACCUAAUGAAUGUGACUAUUUUAAAGAAAAUGGUAAAAAUUAAAAGGCAAUCCACCUGAUUAUGCAAACAAUCAAUAAACAUGAAAAUGUGUUUAAAAAAUUAAAAGGCAAAACAGCAUGGGCAAAAAUAAUUAUGGCAGAAUUUAACACCCAUAAAAAUAAAUAUAUAAAGAACUGAUUGAAAUAAAAGAAAAUGGAAGAAGAUUUAACUAUGGUACAUUCACCCCAUGGAAUAUUGUACAGCUCUCAAAAACUCCAAAAAGUGGUUAAAGAUUGUGUAAUACAAAUACAAGUGUAAUCAAUGAAAAAAAGCAGGAUAUGAAAUUGUAGUUGCAACUACUUUUACUUAUAAAAAUAGAAAACCACAGGGGAAACUACGGAAAGGAGUCUACGAGGCUUCUUUUUUUUUUUUUUGGUUUUCCUCUUUUGUCCAGUUUUGUGAUUAUACGCUGUAGAGAAAUAAAUACAUUUAUUUUUUAAAAAUCAUCUCUGCUUUUGGAAUUUAAAAUUGCUGAGGGUGCGUGGAGCUCGGGACCCUCCCAGAGGACAUGCUCUGUCUCCGUGGUCCAGGUGAUGUCUGCCGUGUCACCGCUUCUACCCAGUUGGGAAGAUACUACGUAUACCAAGUGUCGGGGAAGGAUAUGUGCUCAGUCUAGAGAAGUGAAUUUUAAGUGGGGUGUGCUUCUCUCCUCGGCUCUUUGGACUGACUGACCCAGUACACCAGCAGAGAUCUCUGAAGGAAGCUUGUCUCCCACGUGACAAAAAAAAAAGAUUAAAAGCCUCAUUUUGUGGUGGUUUCCUGGUUGUCAUUUCUAAUCCAUUGCAGAGCCCCAAAGUCCUUUCACCUGAAAAAACUGGGGUAUACCUAAAAUCUGCCUGGAAAUUGACUCACCAAGAAGUGUUUCUCUGCUAAGCUAAUCAUAACAUCUAAUAAUUUAUUGAGUACCUACUACGCGCCCAGGACUGUGCUGUGGUGGUUUUAAAGGUAUGUACACAAGUUCUUUGAUACUUCUCCCCCAAAGAGGUGGAGUUUAGUCCUCUCCUGUUGGGUGUGGGCUGGACUUAGUGAUUCACUUCUAGCCAAUAAAAUACUGCAGAAAUGACAGGAUAUCAUUUUUAAG